GUUGUGCGCGCGAGUCUGAUGAUGAAGGAAAAAUGAAAUGAACGACAAGGCAAAGCAACCGACAGAACGAACUACCGACGGACGGGUCUGACUGUAGGACUGAAGCGAAUGGUAGAUUAGUAACAUUUUGUGCGCUGCAUGAUAUAGGCUGACUAUGCAGAGAGGUUGUACGAAAGGUUUCUUCACUCUCCUAACCACACAGUACACAGCAUUUUUACGAGCGCUGUAGGAAAACGAGCACACGUAACAUCAAAACAGGCACUAGCGAACUAUUUCGCGUUCACUGAUUCAGAAGCGUGGAUUUGGCUAGAAGUUUUGGUUUUUUUAAAAUAGUUGAAUUAAAAAGUCAUCAACAGUGAAAAGUGACCAACAGUAAAGGUAGCUGGAGUUAAUUUGAAGCAGUGAAAUAAUGAAAGUUCAAUAAAACACAAAAGGAAUUAGCAAAAAUUGAAGUGAAUUCAUAGAUAGUGAAGACUACAAAAAGGUCCAUAUCCAACAUAAAAACGGUUCUACGUUGAAAAGAUCUCUUCAGUUUGAUCGAACGUUUCCGGCAAAUGUGAUGUUCUCAACAAUGAUGAUUGCGACAGUAUUUCAACAUUAAUCUCAACCGAUCAAUGAAAAGAAACUCUCAAUAAUGGGUCUACAAGCGGCAGCAAAUAGCAACGGUUGCAAUAAACGCAAAUACGAAGAUAUUAGUACAUCGGGAAGCAGCGAACAUGACAGCAACGACACCUUGAAUCAAACUACUAACGGUAUCAGUCUGGAGAUAUCAUCCGAUGGAGCAAGUGCUGGUAAAAAUCCACGUCUGGAAGAAGGCAGCAAUGAGAAUACCGGAAAUGUGUCCUCUCCGAAGAUGGCUACCAGCUCGACAAGAUCGAUUACUCUCAGUAGUAUCGGCGGCAGUAGUAACAGUAUAACGAUAACGACGGUAACAUCGGUCAUGGUAACUGGAACAGCUUCAUCAGUUCAAAUUGACAGUCCCCUGAUUCUACCACCGACUGUACCAGCGGAAGAUAGUAUAGCGAAGCUAGAAGCUGUCGCCGUUCCCGGAGAAACGAACUGGAACUGUGAUCCCAUUGUGGAUCCGAUUAGUAAACUGCAAGCCGUUGCAGUUCCAGGAGAAGCGUGGGGUUCCGAGAGUACACGGUCUACGCUGGCUACCACUUUGCUAGCGUCCGACGAUUUAGAUGAUGACGAUGAUGAUUUUGAAGACGACUUCGAUGAUGAUGAAACGAUACUGCCUAGCUACUCACCGAUUCGAUAUCCAUGUUCUCCCGGUCGGGGCAGUUACAUGCCAGCCUAUCCCAAGCCUGGUUAUUUCCCGGAACCGUACCAGAACUGUUCGCGUACUGGCGCCGCAAAUAAUGGAGCUCAGCAAUACGCUAACCGAGGAUACGGCUGGAGUCAACAUGGAUACUACUCACCACCGUACGAGGCCCCAUCGUCGCAGCAGACAAUUCGAUGUGCUGAAAACGGUAAAUCAUACUUCGAACUAGGCAGUGCUAACUAUAGCAACGUUAAUCAGUUUGGUGCUCAAGCAAGACAUCUCAAACGAUGCUGCGAUGGUCGCAAUAUGUCGUGCAAUAAUAAACAGUGCUACAAAGAACGACGCUUGAAAAUGAUGAAUCUGUCUAUGUUCAAGCUUGCCCGGUUUCGUCAAGCAUCCGAUCAGUCUUUGUAUCGGUCGGUACUGAUUUGCAAUACACUGAAAUCGAUCGAACGCGAGAUAGAUCACGAGAACAAGGAAUUCAACCAUCAGCAACAUUUGCACCAACACUCGCAUCAUUACCAUGCACCUCCGCCGCACCAUUUGCAUCAUCCGCACCAACAGCAUCCGCCUCCGUCACCUCAGUCCCCGUCAACACCAAAUGAGUAUGGCAGCGGACCUCUGUACAACAAUAACCGAAUAGCAGCAAACGAAAAACAGCUGCAACAUCCAACUCCUAAGUUUAGUGAUAUUAGCAUUAGCGGCAGCAGUAACUACAGCAGACUCCAAGGCAGCAAUACAACGACACAGUCGUCUUCUACUUAUGUCAGUAGUACUAACUGUACUACCGAUCAACCGCAAUCGACGACAAUUACUACGCAAUUAUCACCCUACGACCAACAGCAACCGCAACCGCAGCAGCAACAACCGCAACCGCAACAACAACAACAGCAACACCAUGUGGGAUCAUUGGCUACAACAGUGACUACCACUUCUCCGGCAGCAAUGCCCAGUGCCCAUCAUCAUCACCAUCAUCCGCUGAAAGAUCCACAAUCAGGUCGGGCAACACCUUUUCCGUCCAACAACAAUUCUUCAACCGGCAGCGGCUAUCAUGACAACGAUUCCGGCUUUGGUGAUGACGAUUGCACCCGCCCAAUCAACUGGGGCUCGGUGUUGAGUUUGUCUUCGCAAUCAGCACUUGAUCCACUGAACAACAACGACCUGUUUGUAACGUCUCCCAGCGUAGCGGUCAGUGUUGUUAACGAUAGUAAUCACUCCGAGAGUUCGAGGGUUCUAGCGAAUAACGAUAAUUGUGAUAGUAGUAGUAGUAGCAGUAGUCUAGUGUUAAGUCAAUCCUCAUCGUCAGUUUCCUGUCUAGACAACAGCGAUUCUGGAACCGUCAAUAUUAGUAAUGUUAACAAUAGUGAUAGCAGUAGCGAAAGCAAUCAUCACCACCAUCCGAUGGAUAGUACGAAUCCCGCCAGUUCAUCUACAAAUUCUUCUAGCACGACAACCCUCACCUCCCUGACCACCUUGACCACCAGUAGUAAUUGUGACUUGAAUCUUACUACUUUAACUAGUUCCCCUUCUCCACUACUUUCGUCCUGCGCAUCGGCUAUUCAAUACCACACCAGCACCACCGGUUCUAGCUGGGAUCUUGCAUAUCUGGAUAUGGACCUUGGUACCACACACGAGCUGUACGAUAUGUUUCCCAACUGUUACAAAAUAACUUCGUUCAAUUCUGACGUCGAUAUGCUCGGUUUCAAGUCACCUAUGCUGGAACCAAGCAAAGUUGUCUGUGAUAACGAUAUGGACUCUUUCACAACCCACAUCAUGGUUGGGAGUUAGUAUUAAACCCUAGCGAGGGUUAACCAACUCUCAACCACCACCCAGUAGAGGUCGGUAGGCGCGCUCGCUCAAUACCUGAACCCACCUCCACAUGGAUUGUUAUUUACAUCGUUGUCAUUAUCAAGGUGUCAUUCUUUUCCUGCAUACGCAUAACUGAGCCCGAGAAAGUGCAGUACGAGAGUAGAAGCUAAAUCUCAGGUUGUGAAGGCUGUGUUACACUCAUUAGUUUUUAAGUUAAGUAUCAAUCAAUUGACACAAACAAAAAACGACAACUUCUUAUCUGCUUUCCGGAAAGAACUAUGAGUUAGCUUGCCUACCAGUCUUAAAAUGGUCUUCAAAUCCUAAUUUUUUUCGGUCUAUCAAGUCGUGUAUUUGAGGAAUCCCGUUCAAAGAAACAAAAACAACACAAGCGUACAAAACGGCAGAGCUACUAAGCGCUACAAAAUCAACACAAACUGCUUCUGUCACUAUUGGUUCCUUAUUAGGAUUAAUCAAGCAUGAAGUAAAACAAAUUAGUUUAAAAAAAACGUGACAUAGCAGCGAAUGAACAUAAACCGAAACAAGGAAUUGUACAUUAGUUUACUAUUACUGAAGCUAGAACACCGGUAGCUGCAGAGUGUACGCCAUUCUGAAUCCUUGAAGCCAUUCUGUUUUUUUCUGAAUGGCUCUAAAGUUUCCUCAAAUUCUAGAGCCAUUUCAAAAAUGAUUAGGUGGUUUUUACCGUAAAACAAACGUGGAAUUGACCACGAGUGCCAUAUGUGAAUUUGUGAGACAUCAACAUUCUAGAAUACUUCCACACAUAAUGCCGAACGCUCUGCAGCCCAAAAUCGAUAUGGUAGUAGGAGAUACCUAUUCCACUGAAGUAUUGCCACUAGAUCCGGAGUCACAAUAUCAAGCUUUAUCUUUAUACUAGUCUCACUAGAUUGAAAUUAGUUUUCACAGACAACCAUACCGGUAGAUAUUAAUCUUCGACUGCAUUCCAGCUUCCGCUAAGUUACACAAUGAUUUCAGUACUAUACAGUUAAACGCUCUAGUGGCAAUACUUGAGGACCGUUAUUAUGCUCAUAGCGAAAUACGCUCCCGGAAUACUAUCAACAUAACAACCAAAAAUGUCAAUUCGAAGCAACCGCUGUUCUCGAUCUUUUUGAAUGUUAAAUUGAACUGUAAAAUGAGCUGCUCUUUACAUACUAACCUACCCGGAAAAGAAAAGCGAAAUUAAUUACUACGACCCCUAUUUCCACUCACUCGCUAAGUACGCAUCUAAAGUACAGGCAAAAUACCGGUGAGCGUUUCUAGCAACUAUCAUGUCUGCGGGCUAAUUUUGAGGAAGGGACUACCAUCAAACUUGCAUUAGAACAAGAAAAAGCAACCUAAAUCUAGUCCUCGCCAUUCUUUAAAACAAAUUUAUAUUUUUUUCCAAUGCCUAAUCUUACAAUUCGCAUAUUAUUUUGUUUUUAAUUGAUUUUUUUCUGAGAGAAAUAAUUUGAAAUAAAACAACUAUUUGUAAAUAAUGCAAAAUACGAGGAUCACAAAACGAGAUAUACUAUUAAAAAAAAGUUUGGAUUUUAGAGAGUAAAAAAACAUAAGAAAAACCCAAGCAUGAUGUUAAUUGAACAAUUAAUGAACAAAAUAUACUAUAAGAGAUUAUAUAUCUAAUCCACUGAUUGUAUUUAUUGCGGUAAAUAAACGAGUAAAGAAAUAGGAUGAAAACAAACAAUUAGCGACCCCCCGUUGGUCGGAUAAAAACAACAUUGAAAACAAUUGCCGAGAACUUGUUGCAUCAUACUGUAAAAUUUACUCGGCAAUGUAAAGAAAUAGACAUGUAAAUGAAGUUCAUUUUUCCAGAUGUAAACGAAUGGGAUGAAUCGUUUAGAGUUAUAUUUGAAAAUAAGAAUAAUUUAUUGAAUUUAUUAUAUAUGUACAUGUAAAUAUGGGAAACGAAAAAAACUAUAAUUAAAAC